UUCUCUCCACUAACUUUUUUUUUUUUCCUCUUUUUUAAAUCUCCCUGCGUGUUGUUGUUCUUGUUGCCCCGUUCCUCCGGCUCCACGCUGAGAAUGAACAUGUUCAGACGACAUGAAGCCUCUGCUGCUCCGACCCCUCAGCUCCCACCUCGACCCAACAGAAAGGAUGUCGACAGCACUGCAACACAAAGUGUGAAUACCCAGGGUGCAGGAAUGGCCGAAGCCCCACAGGAAAACAACAAUGAAGUUUUAAAUGAGCCAAACCCAAAAAGCAAGAGGACCGGAAUGAUGGGGGUCAUGAACAAGGUCAACCCCUUCAAGUCGUCCUCUCAGGCAUCCUCCUCGAACAGCCAGUCGUCCUCCUCAGAGUCACGGGAGCAGACAGACUCCACACAGAACCCCGGGGUGUUUAAAGGCGUCAUGCACAAAGUCAACCCCUUCAAGUCUGCCUCGCAGGUCCCUAAAGCUGCUUCAUCAGAGUCGCUGGAUCAGAACCCGGGGAUGUUAAAGGGGGCGAUGCAGAAAGUCAACCCCUUCAAGUCGACUGCGAAGGUUCCAAAAAAUGAAGUUGAAGAAGGUUCAGCAGAUCCAGAAGAGAUUGGAAAAGAAGCUCACGAAGGAAAACAGCAGAAUCCAGGUAUGAUCACAGGAAUGAUCCACAAAAUGAACCCCUUCAAAUCAUCACAGCCAAAGGACGGCCGGCCUUUACACGACGACCUCUCCUCCAGCAGGGGAAGCUUAGCAGACUCCACAGACUCACUGGAGAAGCAGGUUCUGAAAAAUGAAGUUGAAGAAGGUUCUGCAGAUCCAGAAGAGACUGGAAAAGAAGCUCAAGAAGAAAAACAGCAGAACCCAGGAAUGAUCUCAGGAAUGUUCCAGAAAAUGAACCCCUUUAAAUCAUCUCAGCCAAAGGACGGCCGGCCUUUAGACAGCGACCUCUCCUCCAGCAGUGGAAGCUUAGCAGACUCUAAAGACUCUCUGGAGAAGCAGCCCCAUGCGGUGGGCUUCAGAGGCAUGAUGCAGAAAGUCAACCCCUUCAAAUCUCACACCCAGGUGGUGGAAGGUGAAUGUGAGACAGACUCCGCCGCCGCCGCCGCCGCAGAGGGAAACAAAGCGAUUCACAGUGAGCACUCCUCCAGCUCUGAGAGUUUGGACGACAGCACAAUAGAAAGACACUCGGUCUGGUACGUAGAAGAUGCCGGUCCGAAGCUGCAGUCGCAGCCAGCUGCGGUUCCAAAGAGGAGAACUGUGUCAUUCAAAUUAAAGAGGAUUCUUCCCACUUCAUUAUUUGGGUCAGGAACGAAGGACUCCACCAGUGCGUCCUCAGACAAUCCAGCACCGCCGCAGGAGGUGGAGGUCCAGACCCUGGAGAUGGUCCCAGAAGAACACAGCGAGGGGACGGUCCUGGACCCGCUGGACGAUGAAGAUGGCCUCCUGUCGUGGUGGAGAACCGUGGAAGGAUGGGACGAGUGGAACGAGGCGACCAAGGACGACGAAGCUGAAGAAGUGGUUGAAGAAGCAGCCGACCGGGUCUUCAUGGCCGCCCGCCUCUUCGUGCGCUUCUUCAACCAGCGCGGCGCCUCGCUGCAGAAGCGCAUCCUGGAGCUGCUGGCUCUGGCCGACCAGGCCGACAACUUCCACAAGAAGACGGUGACGGCCAGCGUGGGCGGCGGCGUGGCCAGCGUGGCCGGCUCGGUCACCACCAUCACCGGCCUCAUCCUGGCGCCGUUCACCGCCGGGACGUCGCUCAUCGUCACCGCCGUGGGCAUCGGCAUCGCCACGGCGGGCGGCGUGGCGUCCGCCUCGGCCAACAUCACCGACACCGUCCACUCCAAGACCGACCGCAAGAAGGUGGAGAAGAUGAUCCAGGACUACCAGGAGGAGAUGAAAGACAUCAAGGACUGCCUGGACUUCCUGCAGGAAGGCAUGGAGACCCUGGAGGAGUGGAACUUCGAGCAGUACGCCGAGAGCAUCGCCAAGAAGCACCUCAACCAGAACGUCAAGCACGUGAUGAAGGAGGGCGGCCGGGCCGGCAAGGCCCUGGUCAUCAACACCGAGAGUCUGAUCAACACCGUGCAGGUCCUCAGCGUGGCCGGCGGCGCCGCCAAGGCCGCCCAGGUGAUGAGCGUCACCACCGGGGUGAUGUCGGGCCUCUUCCUGGCUCUGGACGUCUUCUUCCUCGCCAAGGACUCCAUGGAGCUGAAGAAAGGCGCCAAGACGGAGUUCGCCGCCAAGAUCCGGGACGUGUGCAAGGACCUGCAGGGCGGCCUGCUGGAGCUGAACAACAUCAAGGAGCAGCUGCAGAAGACCAUGGACGGGAUCGAGGUGGAGGUGGAGGAGGAGGAGGAGGACGAAGAGGCGCUGAAGUCUGACCUGAAGAAACUUUAUGAACUGGAGGAGUGGCAAUAAGAAGUCAGCCCGGGCUUCAGCGGGAAUUACAUGAAGUAGCGUUCAGAUCUCUUUUAUUACUGCACUUUAGUGAAAUCUCCAUUUUUAGAUUUUGAAGUCUUAUUUAAUAAAUAUUUGUAUUUAAUUGACCUUUUAGUGUGUUUUGUCUUUAGAUGUGAUUUGAGUCUCAUGAAUAAAAGCUUUCUAUUCGU